AUGGCUUCCAGAAAAGUCGCUUUGUUCACCUUUGCUUGCCUGCUAGCCGUGGCUCUAUCUGCACCUGCGCAGGAAGCCAAAGAUCUAGAAACCGAAAAGGAAGAUCUACAAACAGCAGCAUCCCAUUGGGGUGGACACUAUGGCGGAUACGGAUGGGGUCAUUACGGUUACCCCCAUUAUGGCUACGGAUGGGGAUGGCCGAGUUACGGCUACGGGUGGUAUGGUGGUUGGCCGUAUGGUGGAUAUUAUGGCAGUCAUGGCUACUGGUGGUAA